AUGAAGGAGCGAGGCAGGGAGAAGGUGCAAGGUAGGGAGACGGAGCGAGGCAAGGAAAAGGAGCGAGGCAGGGAGGAGUGUGCGCCAUCUCCUAGAGGUUCCAAACGGAGAAAGUACAGCAGAGGUAGGUCGCCUAAAUCCAUUGCAGAUCAACGCUUUAAUAGGAUCCGAGCUGAGGGCUUCAGCAUUUUCGUCAGAAAUCUCCCAUUUGACUGUAUGGUGGAGGAUCUACACAAAAUCUUCAGCCGCUAUGGUAAGGUAAUUGAUAUUUACAUCCCUUCCUUCCCUGGCACUAGGAAACCCAAGGGUUUCACAUUUGUGAGGUUCCACUAUGCGGAUGAUGGUAGAGCUGUGAUAGGAGUGCUGAAUGGAAGGAAAAUAGACGGCAGAGAGGUAACCGUCACGGAGACAAAGCCAAGAACCUGGGCCCCAUAG